CGUCAAGCUGACUACCUACACUACGUACUUUCUUCUGCCAUCAAAGCGGACAACCAGAAAUAACCCAUCGUCGCCAUCAAAAACAAAAAUCCUUCAUUCGUGAACUUUGCAAGCUCAAUAAUCUUUCUCCGGGCAUCUUCGCAACAUCGCCAACCAACUGACGUCAGUCAGCAGCUCCUGACUUACCGACUUACCGACUAUUCUCCAAUCCUUUUCCGGUUCUAAGCUUCCAACAAACCAAAGGGGUCACCAGCUCAACUCCUCAACUGCGUCCAACCUCCCCCUACUCCAAUACUGCUACCACCACCACCUUCUCUAGGCAAAAGCAUACCAGGUUGUCCAUCAUGGCUAGCAAGCGUAUCGCCAAGGAACUCACAGAGAUCACCGCUUCACCUCCCGAAGGCAUGACCAUCGCCCUCGCCCGAGACGCCGACCUGCACACCUGGCAUGUCACCAUCGCCGGUCCCGAAGACAGCCCUUACGCCGGCGGCGUCUUCGCCGUCCUCGUCAGCCUGCCCAAGGAUUACCCCUUCAAAGCCCCCGUCGUCAAGUUCGUCACCCGCGUCUACCACCCCAACAUCACAAACGACGCCGCCGGCAACAUUUGCAUGGGCAUGCUCAAGCCCGAGAACUGGAAGCCCGCCACCAAGCUCGCCGCCGUCCUUGAGGCCCUCCGCAGCCUCCUCGCCGAGCCCCAGCCCGACGAUCCCCUCGAGGCCCGCAUUGCCGACGAGUAUAAGAACAACCGUCCCGAGUUCGAGAAGCAGGCCAAGCAGUACGUCACCCGCUACGCUAAGGGCACUCCAAACUUCUCCGCCCCCGAGCCUGCCGCUGCUGGCGCCAAAUGAGCUCGUCCUAUUCUCUCCAUCGCCGAAACUUCUCGCGUA